UCUCAUAUAGAGACUAUUAUAUAAAUACCUACCUAGGUACCUAGGGGCCUAACAUACCUAACGGUAGUACAUGACAUGACUAUAUCUUAUCUAAAGACUUAACUACCACCUAACCUUAUAGGUAUUCCAAGAAGCUACCCCGCCAAAGCUAUCCUUAACAAACCGGCCCCCGUCUCAACCCACCUUUCGCCAUAACAGCUUGGAAUAACGCCUCCAUUCUUUUCUAAGUCCUAUCUCUUUCUAAGCCUCAAUAUCAUCAUAUAUUUUAGUCGAAUAAUAUUCCCGGUUGGCGUCGCAAGAAAUGGAUCAGAAAGCAGACGAUAUUCUGCGACGACCCCUCUAUGUCUAUGACCUCCCCGACCAAGUCCUUAACAGCCUCUCCUUAAAACAAGACGCCGCCGUUAACGGCCCAGAUACGACCAAGGAACCGACCGAAUCUGCAACGCAAUCACAAACACAAGAUGCGACGUCUGGAAACUCGCCACCCGUAGUAGGCUCGCAGUCAUGCUCGCUAUGCGCCCUCUCGUUUGGCACCGUACAAGAUCAGCGCAGCCACCUAAAGUCCGACCUACACCACUACAACCUGAAACAGAAACUGCGCGGAAGAAACCCUGUCUCCGAAGCUGAAUUCGAGAAGCUGAUUGCGGAUCUCGACGAGAGUCUUUCAGGCUCCGAUUCGUCGGACUCUGAUGACGAAGACGAGGAUAACGACGGCAAGGAGAGCAACCUUCUUACAACGCUUUUGAAGAAGCAAGCUACGCUCUCGGGAGAAAGAUACAAUGCCAUGGGCGACGAUCAAGGAGACGGCGAAGAUGGGAAUCCAAAAAAGAAACAAAAGGGCGGCGGCGCGCAGCCUCUGCUAUGGUUUAGCUCAUCUCUCCUACCUCAGAAUACAUAUUUUGGCAUCUAUCGCGCCAUAUUCGCGCUGGCAGAAUCCAAGGACGAAAAUACAAUCGUCGAAACGAUCAAGGAGAAGCAACUAGAACCAAUACCCGUGCCCAAAGCGGGACCGGACGGUAACUUUGCGCCCUCUGUCCUUAAAGGACCGCACAUCUUCCUCUGCAUGAUCGGUGGCGGGCACUUCGCAGCCAUGGUAGUGUCACUGGCGCCGCGACAAACGAAGCACGGAUCUGUGGGCCCUUUGAAUAGAGAAGCGACGGUAUUGGCGCAUAAGACAUUUCACAGAUACACUACGAGGAGGAAGCAAGGCGGUUCGCAAUCAGCAAACGACAAUGCCAAGGGCAACGCUCAUUCAGCCGGUUCUAGUAUACGUCGGUACAACGAGCAAGCCCUAACAGACGAAGUCCGAUUGCUUCUGCAAGAUUGGAAAAGCCUUCUUGACACGGCAGAGCUAUUGUUUAUUCGGGCUACAGGAUCUACAAACCGUAGAACCCUCUUCGGCCCCUACGAAGGCCAAGUCCUACGAGCCAACGAUCCGCGCAUACGAGGCUUCCCAUUUAGCACGCGAAGGGCAACCCAGAAUGAGUUGAUGCGAUCUUUUAUCGAGCUGACGCGGUUAAAAGUCCGCGAAAUUGAUCUAACUCAGGUUUCAAGGGCGCAGGAGGAACCGUCUGCGAAGACGACUUCUAAACCAGCGAAGCCGACUGUGCCUAAGUUAACAGAGGAGGAAGAAACUGCACUAUUACACACGUCACAGCUGCAAGCUUUCAUACGGAGAUCUAAACUGCCCGCUCUACUAUCCUACCUGAAGAGCAAUGACAUAUCCGUUAAUUUCCUCUUUCAGCCAGCAGACUCGACCCAAAACUACCACGCACCAACUCCUCUACAUCUAGCAGCGAACCAGAACUCAGCGCCCCUCGUACUAGGACUACUAGUAAAAGGAGCCGCGGACCCUACGAUAAAAAACGGCGAAGGCAAGACUGCCUUCGAGCUAGCCGGCGAUCGAUCGACAAGGGACGCCUUUAGGGUAGCGCGCGACGAGCUCGGCGAGUCAAGAUGGGAUUGGGAAGCCGCGCGAGUGCCGCCUGCCAUGAAGAAAGAAGAAGCAGAAAAGCGAGACGAGCGCGAACGCAAAGAGGACGAGAGGAAAGAAGCAGAACGGCGUAAAGCCGAGGAACAACGGCUCAAGAGCGAAGGGCCCAAAAUUCCCGAUAGCAAUAGCAAAGGGCGCGGGAAGAGUCUGCUAGAUAGUGGCACGAAGAAGUCCGCGCAGGAAAAGCGCGAGGAGGAGGUAAGGGGCCUUACUCCCGAGCAGAGGAUGAAGCUCGAUCGAGAACGAAGGGCCCGGGCGGCGGAGGAGAGACUGCGGAGGAUGCAAGCUGGCGGUGGCGGCUAGACCACAAUAGAUACA